AUGUGGAGAACGUUUUAUGAUAUGAUAAAUAUUGGUGAUACUGAUGAACUGCUGAACUCUCUAGCUCUUGUUGGAACAAUUCUCUUCCAACUCAGCGAAAAAUAUCGUGAGUUGCAAGCAAAAUUGGAAGCUGAAGCUGCUGAAGCGACCAACGAAGAAACGAUCACUGGACGCUCUGCUAGGAAUGUAGACACGUUGACGGAAUCGUCCGAGAACGAGGACGGUGGUUCGAUGGCAGAUGAUCUGGAUGCGGCACAACGACGGCGAAUUGCUCAAACUCAUACGGGGUUAGCACUUUGA